GGACUAGAGGGCGAAGAAGAGCAGAGUGAGGAAAAGAGAGAUACAGAGUGGAAAAUGGGGAGGAAGAAGGGAGUCGCAGAGUUCGAUGAAACGGCACCGGAUGACUUCGACCCGGCCAAUCCCUACAAGGACCCGGUGGCGAUGCUGGAAAUGAGGGAGCAUAUAGUUCGAGAGAAAUGGAUCGACAUAGAGAAGGCGAAGAUCCUCCGAGACAAGGUGAGGUGGUGUUACCGCAUCGAAGGAGUCAACCAUCUCCAGAAGUGCCGCCACCUCGUUCGCCAGUACCUCGACGCCACCCGCGGCAUCGGUUGGGGCAAGGAAGGCCGCCACCCCUCCCUCCACGGUCCGAAAGUUGAGGAGGUUGAGUCUGAAUGAGAGGCUGCAUUCACUUAUGUAAGCUUUUUCAGCAUGAAUAUUCAAAAGAGAUGAAGAGGGCUAUUACGCAUGAGGAGACUACAGCUAUAGAGCUGUUCAGCCGCUUAAACAUAAUUGCUGAGUUUUAUUUAAUUAUUUAUUUUGGGGUGGAUUAGGGGGUUAAAGGGUUCCUGCAAUUAACUUGUGUAAUCAGUUGGGUGCCAAAUGAUUAGUAACUUUUUAUCAUCUUGCAAGGAGACAAAGCAUUACUUUUCAAGAUUAUAAGGCCAGUGAACCGUGUAAGCUCAGAAACCUGCUAUGUCUUUUUUUACUUUUCAAGGUCACUGAGUUCCUAAUUAUGAUGGAGUCUUUGUGGAACACCACAUGGGUGUAAUAACUGUGGCAUCCAUUUGGAAUGGGUUAAUCAGUAUGGUUUAAGCAUUAGGAGCACAAAUAUGUCUGGUGGGUUUGAUCAAAUCACUGAGUAACUUGGAAUUCACAUUCAAGAAAAUUUUGGCAGAGUGGUGUAUAUAUAAUGUGUAAUGUGAUGCUUUAUGUGUUAUUUUUGGAUCAAUUUUAAUUAUUUGGUGAAUACUGCAUUUUUCUUGGCAUGCCAUUUUCUCAUGCUGCAGUGUUGUUUGAUGAGAUAAAGGUGAAAAGAUAAAGUAGCACUUUAGACUUCAUGAGGUUUCCAUUGAUUAAAAUUCAGUUAGGUUACAAGGAAUGUGGUUACUCUAAAAUUGAGAAUAGAAAUGGGAGAGUGCAAAUUGAAGGCAAAGAGAUUCAUAAAGUUGAAAUUAUCUGCCUGAAGAACAGACUGAAAAGGGUGUAAUUCAUGUAUCGGUGUAGUUUGGAUAAAAUGAACUAUUACAACUGAGUGUUGUCGUUAUAGAAGUUACCAUCUUAAAUGGAAAAUUUAAUAGGCUGGCUGUUAGAGAAAAUACUACAAUGACUUAAAUGUUGGGGAAUUAUGAAACUAGAUUUUAUAUUAAGAACAGGAAUGAAAUUGAAAGAUGAUCUUAAGACUGGUAUCUAGUAAUUCUAAGAGGAUAUGUUAGACUUAGAAAAGUAAAUGCCUUUUUUUUUUUUCCACAAAAGGUGGAGUUGGUGUCAUAUGCAAAUUAGACUUGUGCAUCUGUCAAUUUGGAGAAAAUUGUUGAGUUGAAGCAGUAUUAAAAUUAAAAAAUCAUAUUUUCAACGUGGUUGCAGAAUCUUUCAUUUUUGAAUUAUGUAGAUAUGGGCUGGGGAUGAAAAAAAAAAAUACAUUUUAUUGUGUUUGACCUAAACUUCAUAUCGAUGAUUUCAGUUAAGUUGUAUAGUAUUGUUGUGUGUGUGAAGAUAUAUAAUUGAACACAAAAGGUGUAGGUUGGUGCAUCAAAAUAUAUCAUUUAUGUGUUGCAAUGUAGUUGUUAUGAGGAAGGAGCUUUGGUGAUCGUGAAAACUGUUAGUUUUGAAUUUGUAGCUAUUUUAAUUUGGAGUGUUAUUUAGUAGACUUGAACUUAAAAUGAAGUGAUAGUUUCUGUUAAUGUGCCCGGAUUGGAGCUAAUAUGCCUAUAGUUUGAAACUCCAAGAGCUCCCCUUUUGUGACAAUGAAAGGAGAAGUAUUAGAAAAUUCUCCUUCAUAAUUUUGAUGUAUGUGUUCUAAUACAUUUGCUUAACAUUGCUGUUAGAUUAAUAUUUCUUUCCUUUUUUGAGUGCAUGCUUUUGGAUUAAAUUUCUAAGCCCGAAGAAUGAUUAACUAAGAUUUUUCUGAAAUAUAAACUAAAGGACUAAGAAGGAAAAUGGGAAAAAAAUCUUACUUUUCGUUUUUGUGGCUGAAGUCUGAAUGUACAUUUUCAUCUACUUUGGUGCAUCAACCUUUUUUUUUUUUUUGCAUCUGUUAUCACGCUAAUUGGUAGAGGCUUGAUGAUUAGCUCCAAAUUCAGGGUGGUUUAUAAAAUGCAUUCUAAGUUAGAAACAUCUGUUUCUGUUUUUGUUUGCUAUUCCUUUUCAUUUUGAAUAUUUCUUUUAAAUAUAUCCUUUAAGAUCAACUUCAUUUGGUAUGUAAGAUAACUAUGCUGCAGAAGAAAUUUACUAAAAUACCUAAAAUGUUGGGUACUGGCAGAAGGCUUUUUUUUUUUUUUUCCUUUUGUUAUACAUAAGACACUGGGUGCUCUUUAUAGCUUAAAUUUUUAGUUUUUGCUAGUAAAAAUUAAGUUCGAUAUGAUUAUCAUUUUGACUACUUGCUUUUCGUUAUUUACUUGUUUCCUUCAAUGUUGCUGUAAAAUGAAAACAAUUAGUAAAAGGUAAAAUAAUAUUUAACUCAAGAUUAGCAAAUAGCUAAGAUGUAAAACUUUUCUAAACACAAUUGUUCUAUAUAAAAGUAAAUCAUGUAUUCUGUUAUCUUUAAAAAUACAUUUUUAAGUUUAAAAUUUUGUUUUUGUAUCUCAAGGUAUUUUUUGCAUUUUGUUUUUGGAAGCAAAAAACAUAUACAAAAAAUAACAAUCAAGCAGAGCUUAAGGUUUUGUUGUGACCUUUACUUUUGAGUAAUGUAAUAAGUAAAUAGAUCUCUCUCUUUUUUUACUCUGUCCCUUUCAUCCAUGAUAAUGCUCAUUGAUAUAUGGUUUCAACUUCUUUUUUUAUGCAUGAUAAGGCUCAGUGAUUUAUGGUAAGAGUUAAAUUCAUUUUUAGGGUGAGAACUUGGCAAGGAUACCUGACUGAUAUUUGUUGUGCCCUUUCAACCCCAUUUCAUUUUUUGCAGAUUUCUUUUGGGGCUGUGUUUUGAUUCCCCCGUCCUUUUGGUUAAUAGAGAACUAGAAUUUUAAAAAAAUUUUGCACAAUCUUAAAAGCUUUUAGUGCUUCCAACUUUAAUGCAAGGAUUUUUUUUAAGUAGAGAAAAGGGCCGUUUUAGGCCGUGUAGGCUGGCAUAUGGAACGAAGUUAAUGCAUUCGAAAAUACUUUUAUAGGUUUUAAAGAAGAUCAUGAUGACAAGGUGUCUUCCAAGAGUAAUUGUUCCUUGAUUUCUUAGACAGUUUACCAUAUUAUCAAUUGAGUGCAUUCAUAGGACAGUUGUUGAUUUGCUGUAUACUUUGAAAGUUGAAAGUGUGGUCGAGAGAUUUUCUUUCUAAGGGAGUUUACAUAAAAAUUUAUCUUGCAUAGUGGUCACUGCUAGGCCAUCAUAGUUUCAUGAUUUAAGGUCUAACCUAAUCCAUUUGCUUCAUGGUUUGUUUAUUAUUUUUUUGAAAAUGAAAGUUUUUGGUACCUUGUGGUUUUGUAAUGCAAUAAAGCAAUGAUGGGAUGGGAUAUCUAAAUAUUUGUAUUUAGGAGGUUUAUAUCAAUAGGUUUGUGAUAAAGUUGAUAUCAACACUGCUCAAACGUGAGGCCUAUGAUGUGACAUGGUAUUUAGAUUUCCUGAGCAAAUGAAAGCAUGUAAUAGAUAAAUAAAUAAAAGAAUAGUAUUUCGGUUUUAGCUUCAUGUGGUUGUGGUUCAGUAUCUUUCAUUUCAACAUGAAUGAGACUUUUUUCUCUCUCCUUUUAAUUUUCUGAAUUUGUAUGGUCUAUUCAGUCUUCAUUAUCUUUUUAUGUGGUGUGACUACUGAUUUGCGUAUUUCUGAUCUUAAGGCUGUCUUCACAAUUAUUCAAAUCAAUCUCUAUGCAUGUCAAUAUGACUUAUUAUGUAUCUUGCUAGAAACAGGGUGCAAAAUUCACCUUGGUACAAUAGA